AUGGCCUUCAACUUCAACUGGUCGCCGCUCACGGCCGACGCCGACUUCUACCGGCGCGCCCGCGACCUCCUCACUAAAGCGCUCAACAAGUCGCCCAAGCCGCCCAUCAUCGUCGAUGAUAUCCUCGUCAGCGAGUUCAACCUGGGCACCGUACCCCCGGACCUGGAGAUUCUCGAGAUCGGCGACCUCGCCGAGGAUAGGUUCCGCGGCAUCUUCAAGAUGUGCUACUCGGGCGACGCUUUCCUGACGCUCAAGACGCGGGUUCAAGCCAAUCCGUUGAACACCUAUCUCUACUCCAAGCCGAGCUUUACAUCGCCGCAACCGCUCGCCGCGGCAUCGGGCCUGACGAUACCCCUCUCCAUCACACUGUCAGAAAUCAAGCUCUCCGCCUUCAUCAUCCUCGUGUUUUCCAAGCAAAAGGGUCUGACCCUUGUCUUCCGCAAUGACCCCCUCGAGUCCCUCAAGGUGUCGUCGACCUUUGACUCCAUUCAGUUCGUGCGUGACUACCUGCAACGCACCAUCGAGCAACAACUACGAAACCUGAUGAUGGACGAGCUGCCCGCCAUCAUUCAUCGCCUGUCGCUCGAACUUUGGUGCCCCGACCAGGCGAACAAGGGUACACAAACUCCUCAAGAAGAUGUCGACGAGAAGGGUGUCGAUCCCUUUGCAAGUCCGCCUUUGGACCCUGUCGACGCCAACGGCAACCUGUUAGACCCAAACGCCAUCUCGGAGCUCUCCUUGAACGGCGGCGGCGAGAUGCAGUACCUCUUCUCGCAAAAGAACCUGCUUCGACUGGCUGCUCUGACCGACUCUCACCGAACACUGUCGUUGUUCACGCCGGGUAUCCGAGACGUCGUUUUUCGCGCCUGGUCCGGCUACGGAGACCGCUCCGAGUCUGCGACUCCUGCCCUGGCCACGCCCAGCUUGACCAAGACGUACUCGUUCCCCGCCGGCGGCAGCACUACAUAUACCUUUUCAGACUCGGGCAGCACCGCGCACGGCUACUUCCCGUCGAGACCGUCGCUAGUCAGCGUCAACUCCACGUCGGCCUUGCCACACGGCUCUGGUCAUCGAUCGAGGCCAGGUCGAAAGAAGAAGACCAGAGUGGUCAACCUCCGGCGAUCGAGGUCCGAAGCGGGCUCAACCGAUGGUUUGUCAGAAGCAGACAGCUCCGAGACGGCGUCGGUGAACGUUCCAUCGUCCGAACCUGUCUUUUCAACUUCAAUUCCCGAGGAGCCAGAGACACAAAGUGCAGAGGCUGCCGCCACUGCAUCUGGCAAAGUGCGCUUUACACACAUGCACAAGGAUACCACGGAUAUGCGCCAGGCCGUCAUGUCAGAAAUGCUGAAGAGGAACAUGGAGCAAGCCGCGUCCGUGCCCAAGCAACAGCCCGGAUCCGCGCCAUCGGCUCCUCUCGAGAUUCCACCCCUGUCGGAGAAGGCACCCGCUAGCCAUCGCAAGGAAGCUGUCGCGGUCAAGGAGCACGGUAGCAGCAGCUCCGAUACUUCUUCUGUCAUCCUCGAGCAGGCGUGGAUCAUGAAGAUGGCUGGUGAGAUAGCCCGCCGCGUUUAUGACGAAAAGAACCGUCAACGCCAAGGCAUGUGGGACGACACAGAGAACCCACCGCCCCCCGCCUAUGAAGCCGCCACACCCUGA